UGGGUGGCCUACUACAACCAGUCCAUCUUCUUUGCUGGCAUGUCUCUGUCUUUCCUCUACAUGACCGUUCUGGGCUUCGACUGCAUCACCACAGGCUAUGCGUACACUCAGGGCCUGAACGGCUCCGUGCUCAGUCUCCUCAUGGGAGCUUCAGCUAUAUCUGGAAUCUGUGGAACGGUGGCAUUCACCUGGAUCAGAAAGAAGUGUGGCCUGAUCAGAACCGGCAUCAUCGCUGGAGUCGCCCAACUGUCUUGCCUCGUGCUCUGCGUAGCAUCUGUCUUUGCUCCUGGCAGCCCUUUCGAUCUCAGCGUCUCACCCUUCGACGAGGUCUUAAAGCAUCUGUUUGGAGACAGCGGCUCGCUGCGUGAGAGUCCUACUCUUGUUCCUACAAUUGAACCACAGAUCCAGAUUAACGCCACUGUUUUUGAGGAAGCCCCACAAGUAGAGUCCUACAUGUCCGUCAGUCUUCUUUUCGCCGGUGUCAUUGCUGCUAGAAUUGGUCUUUGGUCCUUUGAUUUGACCGUGACCCAGCUGAUCCAAGAGAAUGUGAUUGAAUCCGAGAGAGGCGUCAUCAACGGCGUCCAGAACUCCAUGAACUAUCUUCUUGAUCUCCUACACUUCAUCAUGGUCAUCCUUGCACCAAAUCCAGAGGCCUUCGGCCUUCUCGUGAUCAUCUCGGUUUCCUUUGUUGCGAUGGGACAUAUGAUGUAUUUCAGGUUUGCCUAUAAAAGCCUCCGGAGUAGACUCUUCCUGUUCUGUUCACCCGAGCAGAAGCCAGAUCCCAAUAUUCCCUCACUUCCCAACUCUGUAUAACUUUUAAAGAGACCGUAGGCCAAUUUCUGCUAGAGUAUGGCAUGCUGUGUUCUUCGAGAACCUCGCCAGGAACCCGUUCCAUCUGUUUUACUAACAUGCAUGCUUUUGCUGCUUGUGCAUUGAGUAUAUAGUUUUUGCCAUUAGCCAAAAUAACAAAGACGAGAAGGAGCUCUCCUUAGCAUAGCUUAGAAUAGAAAUAUGUCAAAAAAGCAUACAUUACUUCCCUCAAUCAUACAUUUUGUUCAAGGUGCUGUAAAAUUGCCUGAGAACUAAUCAUAGGGGGAAAGAACGGGAACUAUCCCAGACAGCAGACAGUUUCGGCCCAGAUCCGG